GCUGUUAACUUCCUCAUCCAUGAAAUCCACUGUAGCAGGAACAUCGAAGUCUGCUGCUACUGCAGGGACUCAAUCCCCAAGUCUGAAAUGAAGAAACAUAUUGAGUCUGAACACGUGCAGGUUAUCUGCAAGUGUAACAUGAAGAUGGAAAACGGCCUCCUGAAGGAUCAUGAGGCGUCGGCGUGCCCCCUGCGCCCCGUCCUCUGCCACUUCUGUGACAUACCCCUGGCCUUCCACAAGCUCCAGGAGCACGAAGAGUACUGUGGAGCCCGGACUGAGACCUGCAGGGGGUGUGGCCAGAACGUCCUGCUGAGAGAUCUGAAGGAGCACCCUCCAGUCUGUGGGCAAGAGGGGAGGCAAGCACGAGGAAGGAGAGCAGCGCCUCGCUUAGAGGAAGAGGAUGGAGACUUCACCUUUCCAGACAUUAGCAGCCAGCUGAGAUCAGGUAACUGCCCUGGGCCUCAGUGGGCAAUGCCCACAGUCCAAAGAACAAAUUUAUGGCAGUGGUGAGGAGACAACACCCUGAAGGAUGUUACCAGAAGAAAUGUUUCAGCAGUACAAAGAAAUCAGAAUCGAGAGUAGGAGGAACUGGAGCAGCUGGAGAGAAAUGAAAACACUCGUUCUUCCCUUGAUGAGGAGUGGGACAGGGAUUUGGACUACAUGUUGGCACUCAGCCUGCAGAGUGGGAAUAAUCCUCCCAGUAACACUGCAGCUGGAAUGCCAAGGGACUUCUGGGAAGGCUGCUACACCAAAGAGCCUGUGCCAGCUGCCUGUCUCUGUGACACAGACAGGGCAAAUCUCUUCUCCUGUGAUUCGUUAGUGUCCUACAGCACUUCAGACCACAUAAAAACUGAGGAGACCAUCAUGUUGCCCUGUGAGUUUUGUGAGGAGCUCUACCCUGCUGAAGACCUGAUCCUUCACCAGUCCCAAGCUGUCCAGACAGAAGGAACCAUUAUGAUCCCCUGUGAGUUUUGUGGAGUCCAACUAGAAGAGGAGACUCUCUUCAUUCAUCAG